AUGCAGAAUUAUAGACCUGUUGAAAGCCCUAUGGAUCCAAACCUGAAGCUCAUGGCAGAUCAAAGUGAAGUUUAUCCUGACCCCGAGAGAUAUAGGAGGCCUGUGGGAAAACUCAUUCACCUUACCAUUACUAGACCUGAUAUCUCCUUUGUUGUGGGAGUGGUUAGCCAAUUUAUGCAGAAUUCUCAUUUGGACCAUUGGAAUGCUGUCAUGUGUAUUUUGAGAUAUGUUAAAAAAGCUCCUGGUCAAGGGUUGUUGUAUGAAGACAAGGGUAAUACACAACUAUCAGGAUAUUGUGAUGCUGAUUGGGCUGGUUGUCCCAUGGAUAGAAGGUCUACAUCAGGCUAUUGUGUCUUCAUUGGAGGAAAUCUUAUUUCUUAG